CACUAUUUAACCGCACGACGGCCGCGCAACGACCUGUUGUGAUCCCGUCAUGGCGCGCUACGCCCGUGUCGCUACUCUGGCCGCGUGUCUCUUGUUCGCCUGCGCGGUUGCCGAUGGGCACCGAUGGCGGCGGCAGGCUGACGACCGCGAGGCGCCGAAGAAAGACGACAGCUUAGAGGUAGAACUAUGCAAGGACAAGGACGCCGGCGAAUGGUUCCGCCUGGUGGCCGGCGAGGGCGACAACUGUCGCGACGUCAUCCAGUGCACCGCCUCGGGCAUUCAAGCUAUUCGUUGUCCAGCUGGUUUAUACUUCGAUAUCGAGAAGCAGACCUGUGACUGGAAAGACGCUGUCAAGAACUGUAAAUUGAAGAAUAAAGAGCGUAAAGUAAAGCCUUUGUUGUACACGGAGGAGCCUUUGUGCCAAGAUGGAUUCCUCGCCUGCGGUGACUCCAACUGUAUCGAGCGCGGACUCUUCUGUAACGGCGAGAAGGACUGCGCCGACGGUUCCGACGAAAACUCUUGCGAUAUCGACAACGACCCUAACAGGGCUCCGCCUUGCGAUGCGUCGCAGUGUGUUCUGCCUGACUGCUUCUGCUCUGAAGACGGCACGGUGAUCCCCGGCGACCUGCCCGCCAAGGACGUGCCCCAGAUGAUCACCAUCACCUUCGAUGACGCCAUCAACAACAACAACAUCGAACUUUACAAAGAGAUCUUCAACGGAAAACGUAAAAACCCCAACGGUUGCGACAUUAAGGCCACAUACUUUAUUUCGCACAAGUACACCAACUACUCGGCUGUUCAGGAAACUCACAGAAAGGGACAUGAAAUCGCUGUACACUCAAUCACGCACAACGAUGACGAACGCUUCUGGAGCAACGCUACCGUUGACGACUGGGGCAAGGAGAUGGCCGGUAUGAGAGUCAUCAUCGAGAAGUUCUCGAACAUCACUGACAACAGCGUCGUGGGUGUGCGAGCGCCGUACCUCCGUGUCGGUGGUAACAACCAGUUCACCAUGAUGGAAGAGCAAGCCUUCUUGUACGACAGCACCAUCACUGCUCCCCUGUCGAACCCGCCGCUAUGGCCAUACACUAUGUACUUCAGAAUGCCUCACCGUUGUCACGGAAACCUGCAGAGCUGCCCCACCAGGAGCCACGCCGUGUGGGAGAUGGUGAUGAACGAACUUGACCGUCGUGAGGACCCCACCAACGAUGAAUACUUGCCUGGAUGCGCCAUGGUUGACUCUUGUUCUAACAUUUUGACUGGAGACCAGUUCUACAACUUCCUCAACCACAACUUCGACAGACAUUAUGAACAAAACCGUGCCCCAUUGGGUCUUUACUUCCACGCUGCUUGGCUGAAGAACAACCCCGAGUUCUUAGAGGCUUUCUUGUACUGGAUUGACGAAAUUCUCCAAAGUCACAAUGACGUAUACUUCGUAACAAUGACUCAAGUAAUCCAAUGGAUCCAAAACCCUCGCACUAUCACCGAAGCUAAGAACUUCGAGCCCUGGAGGGAGAAGUGCUCCGUUGAGGGAUACCAGGCCUGCUGGGUGCCCCACUCUUGCAAACUCACCUCCAAGGAGGUUCCCGGUGAAACCAUCAACCUGCAGACGUGCGUGAGAUGCCCUGUCAACUACCCCUGGCUGAACGACCCUACGGGUGACGGCCAUUACUAGAAGAGCCAUGAUCUCACGCCUCUCGUGCUCUAAGUAGUUGAUAUAAAAUCUGAAGAGUGAUUUGCAUGGAUAACAUAGGCGCAGUCAGCAAUUUAUAAGACAAAAUAAGUUAAAAUAAAACUUUCAGUAACUAAGUUAAACCACUUUAAACUGCGAUUAUGUUUUCCAGUAAUUCCCAAAUGUACCGGGUCAUAAUCCCGCCCGUAGCCUAAGUACCUACCUUACUGUAUGUAAUAUAGACUCACAUAAAUAUUUAAUAGGUCUUUUUAAUAGUUUAUGUGAUUUUUCUAAUGUAAGUCUGUUUUAUAAAUUUAUAAAAAAUAUAAAAUAUAAAAAUUGA